CGCUUUUUCACCUGAACCGCUACACGCAUGCGAACAUGGCGGAUGUGUUUCUGAAACUGAUGGCCUUGAGAUUAAAUCUAUUACUAGGUCACUUGUUCAUCAGACUCACUCAGCACAUCUUGAAUGCCUUGACUAAACCAUGAUUGCCGUUGUGGGUGUGAUUAAUAAACUGUACAUCGCAAUAGUGGCACAAAGGAGGGUUGCCUUUCACUGUCCUGAUUGUUUUUCAACCGCCUGCUCCUUGUAUUUCAGCAUAGAAAUAAUGUUCGCCACACCAUUAAUUCCUGCCAACUUCGUCGCAAAAGUUAAGGUUUACUCCGUAUCACUGUUCAUUACACCUAUCUACAAGUCGUGCUGCUCAGCCGAACAUCCGUAUGUGGUACUGACCGUGGCGGAUCGGUUCCUGCAGCGAGACUAUGGAACGAAUGGCUUUUACCGGACCCCGAUACAUCUGCAACGAUUCGGGUGAGGCCUCCGAGUCACCGUUGAGAGGUGCCCAAGUCGAAGAGUACUGAGAGCUUGCUGCUGAUGGUAGUCGAGUCCCAACAUUUCGAGGUCUCAAACGGAUACGUUAUGAUGACGACCCAUGGCGGGCAUUUCUGCCUGUUACGAACUGCUGUAUUUAUGAGUCAAAGAGGAGGGCACGUGUCCAUUCCAACGGAAAAUAUGUUUGCAAAGUGUAGGGAAAACCAAACGGACUUUUACAGGCCAAAAACCCAGGACCAUAUUGCAAAUGGCUAUUCCAAGCUGUGGUCAGUUCUGCAAGGUCUCAAGUUCAACCACUUGAAAACGUUACGUGAUAUUGCCUUAAAUCCGUGCCUUAUCAAAUACGGCCAUGAAGUCAGGAACACUUGCAAACGUAUUACGAACAAAUGCCUUGGAAAAAAGUGCAAGCAUCGUGCUCACUGGCAAGCUGGCCUCAGUCGUUGUUCUGUCGACAAAGCAUCCAUGCAACUUGAAAUAGACGAACGACGGUCUGCCACAUACCUUCCUUCACUGGAUUCAACUGAAGACGGCCAGUAUUCUAAGCGAUACACUGGGCACUCCGGAUCAGCGCUUUUUGUCACUAGAUGAGUCGGCAGUCCAACAAUGCCCUUUCCUCGCAGCGUAACGUCUAACUCCAGUUUGUUCACGGUUUCCGGUAACCCAUGAGGCCAGCUGAAUGGUAUUUCAAUUACUUGACUGUCCAUGCAUGGGCAAGUUAUUUCAAGUGUUCGCAUAGGUGGUCCUGAAGUAUGAGUUGAUGAGAACUGUGAUGAUUUAUCGCGUAUAGUACAAACAAUAAACUGCUCCUGUUUCCUAUGCACAGGUAUAUGCAUAUAGUUACCUUGACGACAAGAAAAUCA